CCGCCGCAUGGGCAACACGUCCUAUAAACUCACCCUUAACCGAACCCGCCCCGACGUUGUGUUAACCGUAGUGGGAACGAAUACGUUGUGAUUUGUUUUGAGUGUGACGUCACUAGUGCAAACUGUGAACGUAAACGCAUAAAAUUGGUGUUUUAAGUGCACUAUGAGGUUGUUUACAACGUUAUGAAUGGUUUGGACCGCUGCUUCUUCGAUCAACGUGAGUCGCAACAGAAUGGGGAUGAUUGCAGUUAUAGUUAUAUAAGCCUGGGCCGGCUGCACCCGUACGGCUCGGGCAGCGGUAGCGGUUCAAGCAGCGGCAGCGGGCGGCGGCGCGCGCGCAGCGGCCUCUCCGACUCGCCGACCGCUCCCGCUACGCCCACGUCGGCGUCCGACAACGCGUCCGACGCCACUCUCACCGACUCGGAGUUGCCGCUCGCUAGGGACUCCACCUUGCUCCAUAACGGAAUGCUGAGGUCCACAUUCGACCGGCCAGACCACGAACGGUGUCUCUUGGAAGGGUCUCGUCUCCCGCCCGAUGUCCCCCCUCGCAACCCGACCAUGUCACGGCUGAACGGUCGCAUCACCGGCAACCCAGCGGACCUGGGCGACUUCGAGCCCUCGUGCCUCGUGCGCACGCCUUCUGGCAACUUCUACGUGCCUUCAGGUGAAUGGGAUAUUCAAAAGAAUCCGUCUAUGGACUACAAGUCGAAUUCUUCAUGUAGUAGUCCUGGCAAACCAGAGAAGAGCACGUUAGAAAGAAUGGAGCGGUCAGACCGGCCACAUCCGACAUUCGGUACCCCAGUUCCAGUCCUCCCGGUCAGGAACAACCUUCGAUCUUCGAACUUUCCCUCAGCCGGUUCACGGUUUCACUUUCGAAAAGGCCUCUCGUCGAGGUGCUCUUGGAAGUGCACCGCUAUUGUAUUUAUAAUACUCUUCGUUGUAUUGUUAGCCAUCGCGUCUUAUAUGACAGCGUCAUAUUUUGUUAACUGGACUUAUCAAAACCCCAAAUCGUGUACAGUAGUCGUCGGUGAACCGCCAGAAGUGUUCCCGGCGUCAAAAGCAACUUCACUAGAAUUCGCCAACAAAACUAUGGCGAGGCCGCAUCAAAGCUUGCCAACCAUAGGCACAGGUAAAACGGAACAUCACUCCCGUCAUCGUAGAAGUGUAGAUGUAGUAGAUCGGCAUGCUUCUUCUUUACCACCAUCUGUUUCUUCUGAAGAUUCUUCCACCGCUGUAAAUAUGCAUGAUAUAACCAAACCUUCUGUGAACACUAUUAGCUUAGUGCAUGGUGUGGCAGAAGAAACCAUCACUCAGCGGGACGAAGAAAACAUCGAGGGUUCUAACAAUGCUUUUGUGUCUAGCAAUAAUGAUGAUGUGUCGAUUAAUACUGGUGAUCUAACAAAUAGCGUCGAGACGGGUACAAGUAACAAAACCCCAUUGUCUCCAACAAAUGUUGCUUCAACAACUACUGAACAAAUCAUAGUGCCAAUAGUCGAACCUACUACUUUGACUAGCACCGUUGCUGAAAUAACUACUAAAGAAAAUAAUUACGUUAGCAGCGAGAAUAAUCCAAUACUUAUUAAAAAACAUGAAACUAACGUUGACCAUUCGCUUCAAGUCGAUGACAAAGACAAAAGCCAAAUAAAAACUGAAAUAAAUGAUAUAGCUUAUGAGCCUGAAGAUAUGCAAGGUGAUUCAUCCACCUUUAUCCGUUCGUAUGGUUUCCAAAAACUUCAGUUUUCUAAAAUUCAAGACCAAUUGGAAAAAAUUAAAGAAGUGCUGCAUAUUUAUACUAAUGACUCAACUGAUGUGGAUAACGAUUUACAAAAGUUCCGUUACGAGAGUGAAAGUAGUGGUACUAAACACGUCUUACAGACAAGCACACCCAAAGCUGUUACAACCGAGACAGUAACAGCUACUGAAACGGCAAUAACAACUGAAGUAACAACGCUGUCACCUUUACCUAGCUCUACGGAAUCUAUAACAACCGAAAAUAUUAAAACAAAUGAGUAUACAACAGAAUCAACCGCACAUACCACUGUAAAUAAAUACACCACGCACAAUGAGCAUGUUAUAAAUACAAGGCCGUCACUAAAUGUUACUAAUAAAAUAAUUACUUCAAGCACUACUACUGAAACAAGUGCUGACGAAACUCCCACUGUCAAUACUGGUGAUACUAAAAUACCUGACGUGACUAAUCCUAAACAUGUGUUGAUUAACCUGACAAUUUCUGCGGACGAUGCUGAAAGCUCAGCAUUUAAGCAGCUUUAUUCUCUAACAUUAACUGUUCCUACAAUUGGAGAUACGAAUGAAAUACCAACAGUCAAAAUUACUCCAAUGGAUUCAGAACCUACCCAAGCUUCUCAUUUUAAUAGACCUGUUACUCUAGAAGGGUCAACGAAAAUCAACAAGCCCACAAGUGCUGAUAGCGAGAAUGGAGGAAGCUGUGAAUGUUCGUGUCCAGCUUGCAUAACCAAUGCCACUGAUGAUUUCUAUGACGAGUCUGCUGACAAUGGAGCGACGACAGCGUCUACAUAUUUUGAUUCAUCCACUGUAGCUGAUCAAAUUUCCAGUACUGGAAAUUCUGACCUAAUAGAAUCUACAACUGAAGAUUUGAGCAAAUUGACAGGUUCAACAGAGGCAGAAACAGUAUCUACUGACACCUCGAUAGAUACGAGUACUGAUAUAUCGACUCAAAAUGAAAAUAUUUCUACAACUGACAGCUACAUGGUCUCAGAGACCACGACAGAAAUAACAACUGAAACUGACACAAUUUCUACGACUGAAACACCAACAAAAUGCGUUUGCCCAAAAGUUCAGCCUCCACCCAUUCUUAUAUUGGAAGGUGCACGAACGUUUCCCGCGCAAACAUUUCCACCAGACGGAACGACGUUCAAACAAAUUAUUUUAGGUGAAAAAUUAUCAAAAGAAAUCCCUCCAUAUAGUUACUGGAAUAUGCAGUUUUAUCAAACUCAAGCCAGUUACGUGAAGUUCGACUACAUGAUACCCCGAGGUGCUUCCAUAGGCGUGUACGCGAGAAGAAACGCUCUACCUACACAUACGCAAUAUCAUAUCUUGGAAGUACUCAGCGGUUUCAAGGCGAGAACAACGAGAACUUCACAUAAAUAUCAUUUGCAGCCCUCGAUCAAGAAAGAAGUAACACACUACAUGGAGCAAGGCCAUUGGUUCUUAUCUUUAUACAAUGACGACGGCGACCCACAGGAGAUCACGUUCAUAGCAAUGAUCGCUGAUGAAAUGACGCACAACUGUCCUAACGGCUGCUCUGGAAAAGGGGAAUGUCUGAUGGGCCAUUGUCAGUGCCAGGCCGGUUUUGGAGGUGAUGACUGCAGCAAAAGCGUGUGUCCAGUACUAUGCAGUCAACGAGGAGAAUAUAUCAAUGGCGAAUGUCAGUGCAAUCCUGGAUGGAAAGGCAAAGAAUGUUCUCUACGGCAUGACGAAUGUGAGGUCCCUGAUUGCAAUGGUCACGGCCACUGUGUCAAUGGCAAAUGCUCUUGUGUCAGAGGCUACAAAGGCAAGUUUUGCGCUGAUAUUGACUGCCCUCAUCCAACUUGUUCCGGCCAUGGAUUCUGCAUCGAAGGCUCGUGUAUUUGCAAGAAGGGCUGGAAAGGCAUUGACUGUGCAACAAUGGAUAAGGAUGCUUUGCAAUGUCUUCCGGACUGCUCUGGACAUGGCACAUUCGAUGUUGACACCCAAACCUGUUCUUGUCACGCUCGUUGGUCUGGUGAUGACUGUUCCAAAGAGAUCUGUGAUCUUGAUUGUGGUCUACACGGAAGAUGUGUCGGCGAAUCUUGUGUAUGCGAUCCCGGUUGGACUGGCGAGUUCUGUACCUCUAAGCUAUGUGACGCCCGCUGCAGUGACCACGGUCAAUGUAAAAAUGGCACUUGUCUCUGCGUGUCUGGUUGGAACGGUCGGCAUUGCACACUGGAAGGUUGUCCGCGGGGAUGCGCCGGACACGGGCAGUGUAAGGUCGCCAAUGAUGGCCAGUGGUCCUGCAAAUGUUUCGAUGGAUGGGACGGUCCGGAUUGUACGACGCUCAAAGAACAGAUCUGUGAUGAUUCAAAGGAUAAUGACAAAGAUGGCCUCGUGGAUUGCGAGGAUCCUGAGUGCUGCCUCAACCCUAUCUGCAAAGGCAGUCAGCUCUGCGUCUCUUCACCGAAGCCUACUGAUAUUCUCCUUAGGAAGCAACCUCCAGCCAUCACUGCAUCUUUCUUCGAACGGAUGAAAUUCAUCAUAGACGAAGGUAGUCUCCAAAACUACGCAAAGCAGGAAAACUUCAACGAAAGUCGUUCAGCGGUUGUCCGAGGUCGUGUGGUCACAUUACUUGGGACUGGUCUCGUUGGCGUCAGGGUAUCCACCGAUACGCCGCUGGAAGGUUUCACGCUGACCAGAGAAGACGGCUGGUUUGAUCUCCUAGUAAAUGGAGGUGGAGCUGUCACGUUGAACUUUGGAAGGGCGCCGUUUAAACGAGCUACGAAGGUUGUCUACGUGCCUUGGAACGAGGUUGUGAUUAUUGACACUGUCUUAAUGACGACUAUGGAUGAAAAGAUUAACAUGGGCCCUCCGCAAGCAUGUCUUGCUCAUGAUUACGAUACUAUGAAGCCUGUAGUACUGGCUACAUGGAAGCAUGGAUUCCAAGGAGCUUGUCCUGACAAAAGUGCUAUAUUAGCCGAAUCUCAGGUGAUCCAAGAAAGCCUCGAAAUCCCUGGAACAGGGCUGCACCUAGUAUAUCACAGUUCUAGAGCAGCUGGUUAUCUUUCAACCAUACAACUGCAGCUUACCCCUGAGAAAAUUCCAUCGACGUUAGCACUCAUCCAUCUUAGGAUAACAAUUGAAGGCAUACUGUUCAAGAAGACAUUCGAAGCUGAUCCAGUCAUCAAAUUCACGUAUCCAUGGAAUCGCCUCAAUGUUUACAAACAGCGAGUAUACGGAGUCACCACAGCUUUAGUCAAAGUUGGAUAUCAGUACACAGAUUGUAAGGAUGUCAUCUGGAAUGUGCAAACUACUAAACUGAGUGGACAAGAUAUGAGUAUAUCUGACGUUGGAGGCUGGAACUUGGAUAUCCAUCACAGAUACAACUUCCAUGAAGGAAUCCUCCAAAAGGGAGAUGGAACAAACGUCUACCUGAAACACAAGCCUCGUGUGAUCAUCACGACAAUGGGUGACGGUCGUCAACGUGAACUGGAAUGUGGAGACGAAUGCACCGGGGUGGCUUCCAGACAACGGCUUUUAGCACCAGUAGCCUUGGCCGCCGCUCCUGAUGGAUCCAUCUUUGUGGGAGACUUCAAUCUUGUUCGGAAGAUCAGUCCGGACGGGACUGUGCGAACAGUGGUCAAGUUGAAUGCCACUCGAGUCUCCUACCGGUACCACAUGGCUCUAUCACCUCUAGACGGCAACUUAUAUAUAUCAGACCCAGAAUCUCAUCAAAUCAUAAGGGUGCGCAAUACAGAGGACUUCAGCGACCCCGAACACAAUUGGGAGACAGUUGUCGGCUCUGGAGAAAGAUGUCUUCCAGGUGACGAAGCCCAUUGUGGAGAUGGAGCAUUGGCUAGAGAUGCCAAGCUUGCCUACCCUAAAGGAGUCGCGGUUUCCAUCGACAACAUUGUCUACUUCGCUGACGGUACAAACAUCAGAAUGGUUGACAGAGACGGCAUCAUAACAACGAUCAUUGGCAAUCACAUGCAUAGAGCUCACUGGAAACCCAUUCCUUGUGAAGGUACACUAAGCGUAGAAGAAGUUCACCUACGUUGGCCUACUGAACUAGCAAUCAACCCAUUAGACAACAGCCUCCACAUCAUUGACGAUCACAUGAUUUUACAAAUGGCCCCUGACGGUCGAGUGAAAGUAAUUGCUGGAAGACCUCUGCAUUGUCCAUCACCCAUGACCGGAAUUGAUGUUGAAUUGGCAACUUAUGCCACAUUGGUUAUGCCGCAAAGUAUAGCUUUCGGUUCAGCGGGCGAUCUUUACGUAGCUGAAAGUGAUUCACAAAGAAUAAACAGAGUUCGUCUUAUAACAACUGAUGGUAAGAUUUCACUGUACGCUGGUGCUGAAUCGAAAUGCAACUGCUUAGAGAGAGGAUGUGACUGCUUCGAAGCUGACCAUUACUUGGCCUCCAACUCCAAGUUUAACACAAUCUCAGCUGUCAUAGUCAGUCCCGAUGGUAUCGUGCAUAUAGCAGAUCAAGCCAACUACAGAAUCAGAUCAGUAAUGGCAAGUAUACCGGAUGCGAGUGGAGCGAGGGAAUACGAAAUAUAUUCACCUGAUACACAAGAGAUCUACAUCUUUAACAGAUUUGGUCAGCACGUAACUAGUAAGAAUAUCUUGACUGGCGAGAACAACUACGUAUUUACCUACACUGUAAACACAAGCAAUGGCAAACUCAGCACCGUUACAGACGCAGCUGGCAAUAAAGUGUUCUUACUCAGAGACUACUCCACCUCAGUCAACUCUAUUGAAAAUACAAAGGGACAGAAAUGUAGGCUGAAAAUGUCGAGGAUGAAGAUGCUACAAGAACUAAGGACUCCAGACAAUUUCAAUGUUACUUUCGAUUACUACGGCCCAAGCGGAUUGCUCAAAUCUAAGUACGACAGCACAGGAAGAAGUUACGUCUACAAGUACGAUGAAUUCGGACGUUUGACAUCAGCUGUGACGCCUACUGGCCGAAUCAUCAAUCUAAACUUCGACCUAAGUAUCAAAGGAGCCACAGUUCGCAUCACAGAAAAUAAUAAGAAGCCUAUUUCGAUCUUGAUAAAGGGAUCUUCAGUAAAUACUCGUACUGGUGAGGCAGAGCAAAAGACUAUAAUUUCAUCGGACAGUAGUAUUUCAUCCAGUAUGCCAUGGGGUCAUGUAAUAUCUACAGACACUGUUCCGUACACAAUAUUGGCUGAAGUUGAUCCCAUUUUAGGUGAAAGCUUCCCUAUCCCUGCGAAACAGCGAACCGAAGUCGGUGGUGACUUGGCAAAUAGAUUUGAAUGGCGAUACUUCUUGCGAAAACUCCUUAAUAGAGCUAGAAAUGGCAAAUCUAUCGCACAAGUGGGACGGAAACUAAGGAUAAAUGGUGAAAACUUACUCACUCUAGAAUACGAUAGAGAGUCAUCAACAAUAGCAGUGUUCAUGGAUGAUAAGGUAGAACUCCUGAACGUAACUUAUGACAGAACUGCAAGACCUGUAAGGUUUGGACCGAGCAGUGGUAUAUUUGCAGAAGUUGUGCUUGAUUAUGACAGAUUUAACAGAUUGACUAAAUGGAGUUGGGGUGAUCUGAAUGAAACUUAUGGUUUCGAUCGAGCUGGUAGACUAAACGAAAUAAGGUAUGGCGAUGGAUCAUCGUUAGCAUACUCCUUUAGGGAUAUGUUCACCUCUCUACCACUAAAAGUAACAACACCUAGAGGUAGUGAUUAUCUACUGGAUUACGACGAUUCAGGAGCUCUACAAAACCUAACCACUCCACGAGGUCACAUUCAUACGUUUGCCCUUAUGACAUCUCUGGGCUAUUUCAAGUACCAAUACUUCUCCCCAAUGAAUAGGCAUCCUUACGAAAUCUUAUACAAUGAUGAUGGCAACAUUCUAUCUAAGAUUUUCCCACAUCAAUCUGGUAAAAUUGUUUACGUAUAUGAUAACAGCGGAAAGUUAGAGAUGAUAUUAGCAGGGGCAUCUGCUAUUCGCUAUGUUUACCACGAAAAUACACAUCUUGUUAAAAACGUAGAAAUAUCGGACUCUGAUUACGAACUAAGGCAAGAUUACAAAUAUCACGCUGGCAUCCUAAAAGACCAAAAGAUGAAAUUCAGUCCCAAGAGCAAUCUGAACAACGCUCAUUUCAAAUAUCAAUACGACGGCAAUGCUCGGCUUUCUACAAUUGAUGUGAAUAUCAAUAGCAAGGAAAUGCCACAGCUGAGAAUGAAGUACAAUCAAAACUUGGGCAUUCUUGAAGCACUCAGCGAUUUGAGAAUUUACAGAAACACAUUCAAUAGAUCGGUGAUGCAAGACACAAGCAAACAAUACUUCACGAUUACAGAUUACGACGACCGGGGUAGAGUGAAGACCAUCUUAAUAAAUAUCAAAGCUUUCGAUGUUUUCCGUCUUGAAGUAGAAUAUGACUCAAGAAACAGAAUAAAAUCGAAGAAGGUUAUGAUUGGCGAUACUUCAUCGAACGAACGAAUCAGUUACAACUAUGACGGUCAUUUGAUGGAAGUAGUAGGAUCUGAGGAUGACUGGAAAUACGUUUACGAUGAGAAUGGCAACGUGAUUGGAGUUAUUGAACACGGAGAAAAACGUUACCUCGGCUAUGACAUUGGUGAUAGGGUUGUACAAUACAGCGACAUUGAAUACAGCAGCUACGAUGGCCGAGGUUUUGUCAUAAGACGCGGAGAACAAAAAUACAGGUACAACUCCCGAGGUCAAUUCGUGCAUGCCUCCGAAAGGGACAAGUUCCAAAUGUGGUAUUACUACGAUGACAGGAAUAGAUUGGUAGCAUGGAAAGACGACAAGAGCAACGUCACACAAUUCUUCUAUGCCAACCCGCAAACCCCGAAUCUAGUAACGCAUGUCCACUUCCCGAAAUCUGGCAAAACUGUCCGAUAUCUAUAUGAUCAGAGAGAUUUCUUAACGUGCAUUGAAACAGAAGACCAACGAUUCUAUGUUGCUACUGAUCAAAACGGCUCUCCGCUGGUAGUAUUUGAUGUAAAUGGAGAAAUCGUAAAGGAAAUUAAGCGAAGUCCGUUCGGCAAAAUCGUUAAAGACACAAAUCCUGAAUUCUAUGUGCCUGUGGACUUCCAAGGAGGCAUUUACGAUUAUUAUACCAAUCUGAUCUACUUAGACGCUCGGUUAUACGAUCCUGUAGUUGGUCAGUGGAUGACACCGAGCUGGGAACAUCUCGCGAGUAAACUUCAUCUGCCUACAGACAUCUUCAUUUACCGAUUCAAGAACAACGACCCAAUCAACAGAAAUCAGAACACUCCUUACAUGACGGACCUGAGCAGUUGGCUUCAGUUGUAUGGAUAUGACCUCAACAAGAUGAUGGGAUCAAGAUACAUCACGAAUAUGAUCUUCCAACCUAAGGUAGAACUGACUGCGCCUAGACUGACACCUGAUUUCGAAGUUUUGUCUGGACUUCAGUGUAUCAUUGAAAAGAUAAGCCACAAAUUAGCAGACAUGAACUUUGUCCCAACUCCACUACUGAAAAUGGAACCAAUAACCAGAAACCUGCUGCCACGAGUAUCAUAUAAGCGCGGAGUAUUCGGCGAAGGAGUUCUUAUAUCAAGGGUGGACGGCAAAGCGCUGAUCAGUGUGGUCGAUGGAGCAAACAACGUUGUUGAAGACGUGAUAACAACUGUAUUCAAUAACUCCUAUUUCCUAGAUGUGCACUUCAACAUCCACGAUCAGGAUGUUUUCUACUUCGUAAAGGACAACACGCUAAAAAUCAGAGAUGACUUGGAAGAACUUAGGAGGCUAUCUGGCAAAUUCAAUGUCUCACAAGACGAAACGAAUGAUCAAGGAUUAGAGGUACGAGUUCACGCCGUUGGAAAGGGCUCUGCGCAAGCGGUCAUUGUCCUCCGGUACGGUGUAGAUCCCAACCAAGAGCGUAUCAAACUGUUGAAGCAUGCGCACAAACGAGCGGCCGCCAGGGCUUGGGAACGUGAAAAGGCCCUGGUUGCUGCAGGUUGGGACGGCAGGGGGUCAUGGACAGAAGAAGAGAAAGAAGAACUUAUCUCACAUGGAAUAGUGGACGGCUGGGUGGCCAGGGACGUCCAUUCUGUAUCUAAGUACCCACAACUGGCAGACGACCCCGCAAACAUCGUAUUUGUUCGCGAUACCAGAAGAAAACGGAGAAAGAGUGGGAGAGCGCGACACCGCUCAUAACUUUAACGUGCCAUAAAUGAACGCCACUUCGAUUUCCAGAUUUGAUACUGGCCAUUUUAUGAAAAAUAGUGAAGUUUCAAAUGUGGAAUGCCGGUAUUUAGUUCUUAACUAUUUUUUUAUAGGAUUGAAAGUGUUUAUACGUGGAAAGGAACGACAAAGAGGCUCCUGUGAUCGGUGUGUUACUGAUGGUUACGGAUAAUAGGAGUUAUUGCUAGGACUGAGUGGGAAAUAAAAGUUUUGUAAUGUAAGCUUACGGUUAGGUUAAGAUUGACUGGAAGCCGAAAGAAAUUCUAUGUCGAAAAUGUUUUUGUUUUCGUGUCGUACUUAUGCGUUACAAAGCUCAUACUUUAUUUUUACACACUUUAUGCCCUUUCAUCGUUGGACUGAACUGAAUCUCGAAACAACUCACUACAGGGUACCGAGUCAUAAAUAAAUAAACUUAAAUAAUAAAAAAAUAUAAUAAUACAACUGAGCAUAAUACUUAUAAAAUCAUGGAACCAAAAUACUCAAUAUGCAAUCACAAUUUUAACUUUUUUUAUUGUUCAAUGAAAUAUUUUUUUUACCAUUUUUAUUUUGAAUAGACUAUACGUAAAUCAUUUAAGAUGUUAUAAUUUAUCACAAGAUCCAUGUAUUCCUAUUAAGUUUUAGCCAAAUAUUUUGUUCUAUCCUUACCUACAUAUUUUAGGUACCUAUAUGUAAAUAAAAAUACGUAUAUUUUAUUCUUGUAGUUGUUCCUUUUAUAGACCUAAGGUCUUUUUACUUCGCAAUACUAACACUAUUUAGCAAUAAUUUUGUAUUUAAUAUCCUCUAAUGUAUCUGACUCUCCAAAUUAAAUGAAAUCUAUUUUUUGCUUGUUAGGUAACUUGCCAUAAUAACGCUGGCGGGCUUUAAAGUGUCAUAAAAUUUGUAGAGAUCAGAUCUCAAUAUUUUGGCUUGAACUUGAAAGUAACUUUUCUUGCAAAUGAGUUAUUCAGAGGGGUAAUGGGCGAUUUUUGUAUAAUGUAGUUGUGAUUCAGGCGUUUAAUUCAUAAAUAAUAAAACUUUCAAGUGCGGCCAAAAUGUUCAAUCUACGGUGAAAACAGAACAAAUUGGACUUGUCAUGACCGACUUAGAAAGACUGACUACGCUUUCACUCAAAACGUCAGAGUAACGGAAAGUUUUGUUUUCACUGUUCUUCACAAUAAACUGCAUUGAUUAUUGCAAAAAAAUAAAAAAAUGUUACUGCCCCAAAAAAAGAGAAUUAUUUCCAUUAGGCGUCGUGUGUUUUCAGUACAGUAGGUAGUCAAGCCAUCUUCCCGUUCGGAGCGACAGAGUUCUAAGUAGAAUACAAUAAUCCAAAAAAAUAGCAUGACAUCGUAAAAAAUAAAAUAGACUAAAUAAAAUAAAACUAAUUAAAAUUUACAGUCAACGUAAUACGUACAUUCUGCAUGUGUUGUGCAAUAAUCGAACAGUAGGUCUUAUCGUAACCGUUUAGGAACAAACUUCUUGCUGACUUAACAGAACGACUAGAGACUGAUUUAUUGUUUCCACUCCCCACGUAACUGCUAAGAGAAUACGCGCCUAAACCAAUACAUAAAGCGUAAGAAGUGUGUUUCGCAGUUACGAAUGUUAAUACUAUUGUGAUUCGUAGAUUUUUCCUUAACGAUAAGUCAGCGAGAAGCACAAAUUGUAAUUAAAAAGUAGAUAUUUAUAGUAUAUGUCCAUAAAUGUGUCUCAUUUAAAAUGUGGUGUCUAUUCUGUGUUAGAGAUACUUUAAUGAUAGGUGACUGAGUGGCCGGUGAUAGGAUGAGAAUAUUUUUUACAAAAAAAAAAGUAUAGACUUGGUGAAAAAAAUUCAAAAUUCGAAUCUAUCGGGUCGGGUGCGGAAGGCCCGCGCGUUGGUGAUAUUUUGAAAAAUGUGACUAAAAGAAGCAAUACUGUAAUGUAAUACGUCUUACUCUUUAUUUAGAACUUUAAGGUGUAUUUUUAUUUGAAAUUAAUUGAUAAUAUAAUAAUAUAUCUAUUGUGAAUGUAGUUAUUGAUUUCAUGGUGAUAUUUAGAGCGGUAUGUUAUCUUUUUUAUGAUGUAUAAAGAAUUCUAAUUUGUAAAUAGGUACUUAAUUGAGUAUGUAAUCUGUAAAAAUAUUGUACAUAUCUUUACGCUUGAAUUAUUUAUAAUGUAACCUGAUAAGGAUUUUAGGAUUAUAAUGAAUUGUAAUAUAUCAAAGUGGAAGGGAUUUUACCGAGUGGUUUAUAUCGUUUGAGCAUAGAUCAAUAUUUAUUUGAAUGUUGGUGUAUGGUCAGGCGGUUAUUCGACUGUCGCGAUAAAAGCUGUUAUCAAUUUGGCGGGAAAAUCAAUUGGAGUGACAGCUCCAUAGAUCACGUGCGGCCAUUGACAUCCAUAGACUUCAGCUUCUAGAUUACUUUAGAGAGCUUACAGUGUACGAUCUUCACACGAAGCAUUUACAUGUAGAACUGAUUUCCUCGUAAUGCAUUUAAUUUGUAUGUAGAUAUGGUGCAUAGACCCCAUUAAAAUACUCUGAAUGUGUAUAGAUAGUCAACUGUCAUACUCUGUUAGUCGGGAGAGUGCGUGCUCAUCAGGCGCAAGCAUGUACGAUAAUAAUAGAAAGUAUUCUAAUGGAAUAUGUAAUAAAAAAGUAUUAAAAUA